AUACGAUGUAUACACUUGAGUAUACAGUGCAUACAGUGUAUACACUUCGGAUGUUUAUGCGUGAUACAGCUGUCAGAGCAGUGUCAUAUAUGCAUUUUGCAUUUUGCAAAGUUAAAAUACUUUGACGUGUUACUUGUGAAGAAGAUACAAGAGUAAGGCAGUGAAGUAAAAUUAGUGCGUUCAAAACAUUUCGAUUUCCUUAACUGCGUGAAUUACAUCGUAAUGACAUCGAUGUAAUCAAGCAGAGGAAUACCAUACAGAAUACUAUACAGAAGCUAAUUCAUUUAUGUGGAAAACUUAGGUGGAAAAGAAAAGAAAUGCAUUUACGUGCUUUAUGUUUCAUGAAGAAUGGCUAAUGUAAGCCCAAUGAAGAUGCAAAAUUCUUUAGGAUUGAUUAUCUUACUACUGGUUCUUGUACGAGCCUCAUCUUCGUUAUCCCCUUUUUCUCCAAUCAUCAUUCAAGCUGACUAUGGACAAAAUUAUCCAAAGAUUACAAAUGCUACCAUGGAAUAUAUGUUUUUAUAUCCCGCUAGCAAUAUAUCCUUGGAAACGGCAAGAAUAAAAAUAGAAAGUAAUGCAACUCAUAGUUUCCCACUGAUAGUAGUGGUGCGCCAAACAACAAGUAUUCUGUCUUGGCAGAUACCUUUAUUAGUCAAUAGCAAGAAUGUUGAUUAUGUAACGUACAAUAAAACUAGUCGAACUCUAUGUUCAACGAAAUAUUACCGAUACGCACCAAAGGACGAAACAGAAUUUGUUAUCGUUGGUAUUUCUACAGCUAGUCAUGAAAAUGUUUUCUUUAAUUUGACCGUAGCGGAAGUAAAAGACUUUUAUUUAAGUUCCGGAAAUGAAGUAGCGGUGGAAGUUUCUCCAUCUGAGCCCAUAUAUUACGGUUACAUCUUUUCAAAGCAGGUUGAAAAUUUUUCUUCCCUUAUUGUUCGCGUCGAAUCGGAUAGCGACAUCUGUAUGACCGUGUCUGUUCAAAAUACAUCGUGUCCUGUACUUGAUUUGGAACGAAACAUCGAAUUUUCUGGACACUGGCAAACCGUUAGUAGAUUAGGUGGUAUCACAGUGCCGAGAGAGGCUUAUCCGUUAGGUUUUUUCGUCGUACUCGUUGUCAAGGAAGACGAUACCGACUGCAAUGGGACUGCGAUGUCCGGUAGCAAUCCACUUCGUACUAAAAACGUUACGUUAAUUAUAAAUCCCACCAUUACCAAACGGGACUACAUCAUUGCGUCGACAUCAGCGGCGGGAAUUGUAUUAUGUUUCUGCAUAUUUUACGUAACGGUUGUGAUAGUAUUCAAGAUCAGAGAGGGAAGAACGCUGGAACAGGAACCGAUGAACGAGCAAAGUCAAGAUGAGAACGUAGCCAGCCCUUCGAUGGUAGGGGAGGUCAGCCCGAAACAAUGGGAUUCCGUGGAGGAAGAUUCAUCGCUGGACGAGGAUGAUAUAGAUUUAAUGGAGGACGCUCUCACCGAUAAGGAUGUCAUACGAACAAAGCUCGUUCUGUCGGUUUGCGAUCUCGCUCGGAAGGAACCGAGAAUACUGCGUCACAAAUCUCGUCUGUAUUUAUAUUAUCUGGCAACCGUAGCGGUAUUCUAUACACUGCCGGUCGUUCAAUUAGCGAUAACGUAUCAACGUGUGCUUCACACGACCGGAAAUCAAGACAUGUGCUACUAUAACUUUCUGUGCGCACAUCCGCUGGGACUGCUAUCCGACUUCAACCACGUGUUUUCAAACUUUGGAUACGUCAUGUUCGGAUUGUUGUUUAUAUUUCUAACGUAUUCUCGAGAGCAUAGUGAAGCGGACAACGAGAAGACUAAAUGUUACGGUAUACCGCAACACUACGGCCUGUUUUACGCAAUGGGCAUCGCGCUAAUAAUGGAAGGCAUAUUAUCGGCGAGUUACCACGUGUGUCCUAGCCACAGCAAUUUUCAAUUCGACACUAGCUUCAUGUAUGUGAUCGCAGUGCUAUGUAUGAUAAAGAUCUAUCAAAAUCGUCAUCCUGACAUAAACGCCAGAGCACCAGUAACCUUUGGGAUUCUGGCUCUCAUAAUAUUCGUAGGACUCAUCGGAGUACUAAAUGGCUCCACUUGCUUCUGGGUGAUAUUUACUAUCUUGCACUUAUCGAUAUACUUCCUACUGACUGUACAAAUAUAUUACAUGGGGCGUUGCAAAUUUAAUAGAAGCGUUUUUAGGAGAUUAAUACAGACACUCAAGCACGAUGCACGCUGCGGCGUAUGGCAUUUAUUGCGGCCGCUUUAUCCAGCAAGAUUCGUGAUGCUGCUACUAGCGAAUUUAUGUAACAUUGGCCUCGCGGUGUUUGGAAAUAUGUAUCACGAAGACAACUUCGCUACAUUUUUAUUAUACAUAUUAAUGGCCAAUUUAAUAUUAUACACUCUCUUCUAUAUAGUGAUGAAGCUAUGUCAUAGGGAACGAAUUCUUCUUACUCCUGUAAUUUAUAUUGUCUUGUCCGUGACGUUUUGGGGAGCAGCUUUAUACUUCUUUGUGAAUAAAACUAUAUCAUGGAACCUCACGCCAGCCCAAUCUCGCGGAUACAACAGACCAUGUGUAUUGUGGAGCUUCUUUGAUUUUCAUGACAUUUGGCAUUUUCUUUCGGCAUUAGCAAUGUUCUUUUCGUUCAUGAUAUUACUUACUCUAGAUGAUGAUCUAACGGAUGUACAUCGUAGUCAGAUACCUGUUUUUUGAAGAUUUUCUCUAUAGAUUUCUAUUAUAUAAAUUAUAUAGAAUUUUAAAUUUUUUACAAGAUUGUUUACAUGUAUAUAAUCGAUUAAGUAAAAAUAUAUAUAUAUAAUCCACAUAGUAAUUACUAUAAGAUGUAUAAAAUAUAAAAAGACAUGGUGAUUCUUGUGAUAAAAACGUGCCAUUGAUGAUACAAAAGAAUCGUACGUGAUAUUGAUUAGAAUGAAUACAUGUAUAAAAGAUUCUACAAGUUUUUCCAUUAUAAUUAAUAAUUUUUAAGUGAAGUGUUUUAGCCGUAGUUUUGCGAUAAGAGUUGGUUGACAAAAAGUUUAGAAAAAAAGAGAUAUUUAUCCUGAACGCAGUAAAAAAUAUAUAUAAAGAGAUGAAUGCUGUACACGAAUAUACAUUGUUAUUAUACUUUUGUUACACACAUUGUGAAAGAAUGUCACUGAAGUGUGACAACUGCACAAUUGUAUUUAACAUUAAAUUACAAUGUUUCUCUUUAAAAAAUAAAUAUAGAUUAUAAAUA